ACAUAAAAUAGUUACACUAUCAAAUCCUCUAUACAUCUGAGAUUUUAACAAACCAAAAGACAUGAUUUACUCUAAGGAUAAACACAAACUUUCUCCUUACUUUUUAUUAUUAUUUAAUCUUGAUUUCUCGAGCUAUUGAUUCUCAGAAUUGACAAAAUAGAAGGCAYUGUUGCGCAUWGUUAUUUUCCACUUCUCGUUAGCAAAAACGUGUCAAAAACUUCGGAUGAUUUUGCAACAAGAAUUUCAUACCAUUAACUAUGUACUUACUAUUAGUCCAUGUUUUGUUUGAUGUCCAAGGCGAUCUGUUUGACAUUUUUCACCUUUUAUUUCAAUUUUUCGAUUUUCUCUUGGCAUUCCAUAGUUGUUGCUUUYCUCUUGAUUGUUGUGACUUUGAAGAAUACCGUUACACGAAACGUUGCGUGACCUAUUGCGUUAUUUUAGUUUGUUUGACAUUCUGUGACAURUUGUGUGACUCCAAAUUAUUGCAAGACAUUGCGUGACUGUAGUGUUUGUGRAAAAUUUGUACAGCAAUUURAAUACAGGCAUUMUGCAARCUGUAGUGUUCAUUGUAUCAACUUAGGAGMGUGUUGCAAAGAUUUUUAUUGURUAAAGUGAAAUGUCAACGCAUUUUCAAAAUGGCUGCCRAUGAUCACGUGAUUGUGGUCACCGGUCAGCAAUGCAGGUUGAAUAGUGACGUCAUGGUAUUGUUUGUUCACUUGUCGGUUGAAAACGGACCUGAAACUCGUUCAGUAAACAAGAUCGAAAUGGAACAACGGAAAUUUCCACGAAAAAAGGGCUGAUUGGAGCAAGACAAGAUGUCCAUGCCAUUACAAUUUAAGGAUUUCGACCCUCGCCGCAGUAAACAGAACUCCAGCUAUGUGAGUCGCUUAAUAUGGCAAAAUACCGGAAUUACCUGCUUCAUCGCCCUAUUGAUAUUCCCUGUUCUGUUGGGCGUGGCCGUAGGGUACCUUUUCGUCCUAGCAGGGGUCACAACGUUUAAAAAGCUAACUGGAAAAAACAACAAUCAGUGCUAUAAAGAAGAAUACCAAAGAAUCAAAGURGUUUUAGGCGAGGAAGUCGUUGAGUCUUCAUUCCCGGACUCGGUAUCCCUCAACGUCCAAGAUGGCGGACAAGAUAUUCAUUCCCAGUCCACUCCACCACAAAAAUACUACCAGCACCGCAUUGUGAAUCAGAACGGACAAGCUCAUAACGGUUAUGUCAAGUCCUACUCACCACAGAAUGGCCGAAAGAGUCAGGAUUCUGAAGACGAUAAAACGCAUGCGCGUCAUAAGGAAUACCGCAGUGCAGAUGACAGUGACUCUAGUACCCAGGCUUCUAUGGAGGACAACGAGGAGAAAACUGAAGAUGAAGAAAAGGAGUCAAAAAGGAAAUUGAACUCGUUAAUGAAUAAGCACAAUAAAGCUAAAAUCAUCUACGACAGUCCAAGCAAAGUUAUGAAUACUAGUAUGGAAUCAAACAGCGAAGUCCCGUCGCCUGACGGGGGUACUGGUGGGGAGCUAGGACGACUACGAUUUGCUUUGCACUACACUGCUGCAAAGAACGAACUCCAAGUUAACGUGAUAAAAGCUACAAACCUUCCAAUCUACGAUAACAARGAAGGUAUCAAUCCAUACGUGAAGUUAUGUCUUCUUCCGCAACAGUUUUGCUGGCAAAGGACGCAAAUAAUCGAGAACAACCCAGACCCAGUCUACAACGAGAGUUUCGUCAUUUCCGGUUUCUCCAAGGAGCGUCUCCAUGACUACACGUUGCGAUUCUGCGUGGUUAAUUAUCAUGAUCACUUUACGGAGAAGUAUGCAGAUGACGUCAUAGGGGAUAUAUAUCUACCGCUGUCCUCAUUGAACACGAUAGAAAAUAAACCUACAUACUCAAUAUCAAAAUGGAUGAACUUGCAGCAUGUUGCAGCUACAAAGCCUGAACCAGACGAACUGGGCGAAGUAUGUGUGUCAUUAUGUUUUCGACCAAUCAGCGGCCGUCUUAUUGUCACAUUGACAAAAGUACGAGGACUACCCAAAAUGCAACUGGACCGUACAGAUCCCUACGUCAAGCUAUCGCUCUAUUGUGACGGUGUACGUCUAUCAAAAGCAAACACAAGAGUGAAACGAAAGACACUUAACCCUGUUUUCAACGAGAAAUUCAACUUUAACGUCAACUCGGACCAGAUCUCUCUCACCACAGUCGUUCUCAAGGUUGUCAAUCACUAUGACGUCAAUUAYGGAUCUGGUGGCAGUGGAGGCAUGGGGCAGGUCGUGCUGGGUUAUAAUUCUCUGGGGUCUGGGCAGGAGCAGUGGAACUCUAUGUUAGAAUCUCCAAGCAGACACAUUGAAAAGUGGCAUAAGAUUUACAGAGACAAUUCAAUGUGAUAAUCCAUGUUAGUYAUGAAAUAUGUUACACAUAUAACAGCAUAUAAAGCACACAUUUACUGACAUGAAAGCUUCUAUGUGAAAACGAAAGGCAUUGUAAUUUUAAUACGCACUCUGAAUGAGAGACCACUGGCUAACACUGUACCGAAGAAAGCCAAUCUUUUGCUUUUCUACCACAGGAAGCCCAAUCCUUACUAUGCGCGUUUAAUGAUGAAACAAAAGUUGGAUGUACAUAUAUCAAUUCCUCGUUUUACGGCUUCAGGAAUAACAAUUUUUGUCGCGGUACCGACAUCAUAUAUUUACAUAAUUGAAGUGAAAUAUCACAGGAAGCCCGAUGACUUUGAAGGCGCCCAAAAGAGCAUAUAUGGUUGUGUGUCGGGACAGAACUGCAACAGUUCAUCAAAUACAGAAUUAUUACAAACACAUGGAGAAAAGAAGUUUGAAUCGACUGCCACAGGAAGCCCAAGUAUUUUAUCCCAUUAAGUGUACGGUGACUAUAAAGGAUCGGUUUUAUUAAGUCCGUUUAUCCCUUCAUCAAUCCCCAGGAGCGGCUUAAUCGGAUAAUUACACUAAACACCGUACGAAAACCCUGCCGACCACAAGAAAAUGGUACAUUUGUAUCAGCACGUACACCCGAUAAUGACAAUCCCACCUGAACAUAUGGAAAACARCGCAAAAUAGCAAAGAAUCCGCUCUWAUCAAUURACCAAUCAGAAUCCAUUCAAGUUAUGACGUCAUGAAAGUAACGAAUUGGAAAUAUGUCGUAAUGGCCGGCAUUUAAGAAUGAUUACGGAUGUUGACAGUCUWGYACACGUCGUAGAUAAUGACGCCUAUGAAGGCUUUAAUAUUUUUUUAUUAUUAUUUCAUGUAUAUUUUCUGCUAUUAAAUUUAAGAGUUGAAUUUUUUAUAGCAAGCAGUAUCGGGCUAUAAAAGUCACAUAAAAAGCUUAAAAGUUUUUAACGUUAUACAGCUCUUUGUUUUAUUUUCUUUUACAUACUUCUAUUUCAUUGAGAACACUAGUCUACUAUUGUAAUAAUCAAGAUUUUAGUUAAAAUUAUAACAGUARAGAUAUUCUCUGUCAAUUAUCAAA